AUGUUUACGUCUAUCGCGCCUCUUACAUCACGAAAUUUCAUUUUACGUUCAUUUUGCGGCAAAUUUCGCCAUCCUCCUAUAAAGAAGAAUGUUUUCUGUAUUCGUAAUACGCAAACUAAGGGUUUUUCUUCAAAAUCUUUGAAAGUAGCUAUCUUGGGUGCUGCCAGCAAGACGGGAAAUUGCCUCUCACUGUUUCUGAAACAAUCACCGUUGAUCGACGAAUUGGCAAUUUUCGACAGCAAAUGUAUUUAUGGUCUUGCGCUGGAUUUAAAUUAUAUUGACACAAGGUGUAAGGUUAGUACGUGUAAUUAUCCCGAGAAGAGUCUCGAGCACACGCUCGAGGGGGCGAAAAUAGUAAUGAUUAUCGCAGAUGGAACGACCAAAGGCGAAUCGGACGUACACGAAGUCUUGAAGUCUAAUGCGGAUACGCUAUCGGAUUUGCUGCCUAACGUUAUUAAAUUUUCACCUCAGGCUAUGGUCGCGGUCGUAAUGAAUCCGAUAAACAGUUUAAUACCUCUGGCAAUAGAAAUGUAUAAAAAUGCUGGUGUUUACGAGUACAAUCGUCUCUUUGGCGUAAUUAAUCUCAGCUGUCUUAGAGCAAAUACUUUUGCUGCAGAAAUUAUAGGUGUCGAGCCAGAAUGCAUGAUAGUACCGGUGAUUGGUGGAGGCUGUUCCAAAACAUGUAUUCCACUUUUUUCUCAAGCAAAACCUAGUAACAAAUUAUCUCAGAUAGAAGCUAGGAGAUUGACAUACGCGGUAAGAACGUCCAACGAAGAGACAUCCAAGGCAAAUAAAGAUACAGGAAAUAUGUUUCUCGCUGCGUCUUUUGCAGCUGCCAGAUUUUGCAUAUCCCUUUGCAAAGCUUUGCGACAUCAAAGCAACGUGGUGGAAUGCGCUUAUGUUAGAUCCUGCACGGUACCGGAAUUAACAUACUUCGCUGCUCCCUUGGAACUAGGUCCCAAUGGAAUUCAAAGACAUUUGGGUAUUCCACCGUUAAAUGACUACGAGUACGAACUUUUUGAAGCAGCUGUGCCUUGUUUGAAGAAGGCAAUUAAACUCGGGCAGGCUUUUGCUCUUGGAGAUGAAAACGUAUCUACGGAAGUGUGUUUGCCUCGUCAUACGUCGUACGGCCAACUAAAUUCACCUCGUAAAUCUUCGUAA